GGACGUCACUGUGACAUCAGGGUACAUUCGUCCAAUCAGCGAUCGGGAUCCAAAAGUAGCUUGUGUUUGAAAUUCUCCUCGUUGUCUGACUGACUUAAAGGCGUUCGUAAGUGAUAAAGUCAUAUUUGGUUUUUAAGUAUAAUAUAUGUGUUUUUAGGUGAUCACCUUAGGAAUGACGAUCUUAACGUGUAUAUAAAGAUAUUUAAGUUAGCUUAAAUGCACAACAGGGAAAACCACAGAGCUGUAAAGGUUUUGGAGGAAGAAGCCAGCAUGGCUGAGAGUGACGUGUGCAGCCAUGUCCGAGUGGUGGUCCGUGUGCGACCGGCAAAUCGGCGUGAGCUAGAGGGCAACUUCAAGAAUGUGGUCCAGGUCGUUGACAACCACAUGCUCAUCUUUGACCCUAAGGAACAGGAAGUCACAUUUUUCCAUGGCCAGAAGCUCCGGAACAGGGAUAUCAGCAAGAAAGCCAGCAAAGAUCUGAAGUUUGUUUUUGAUAAUGUCUUUGGGGAAGACUCUACUCAGCAGAAUAUUUUUGAGAACUCCACUAAAGGAAUCCUUGAUGGAGUCUUAAAUGGAUAUAACUGCACUGUAUUUGCCUAUGGUGCUACUGGAGCAGGAAAGACUCACACCAUGCUGGGCGAUGAAAGUGAUCCUGGAGUCAUGUAUCUCACUAUGAAGGAGCUCUUCAGCCGAAUCGAUCAAGUCCGAGACGAAAAAGUCUUUGAUCUCGCCUUCUCUUAUCUUGAGGUCUAUAAUGAGCAGAUUCGUGACCUGUUGGCUAACUCUGGUCCUCUCGCUGUUCGUGAGGACAGCGUUAAAGGCGUGGUGGUGCAAGGUCUCACACUUCAUCAGCCCAAAUCGGCCGAACAUAUCCUUGAAGCACUGGAUUUUGGAAACAAAAACAGAACACAACACCCGACUGAUGUGAACGCCUCUUCGUCACGAUCUCACGCUGUGUUUCAGAUCUAUCUAAGGCAACAGGAGAAGACAGCCAGCCUGAACCCUAAUGUAAAGGUGGCGAAAAUGUGCCUCAUUGAUCUUGCUGGCUCAGAGCGAGCCAGUGCCACCAAUGCGAAGGGGGCCCGCUUCAGGGAGGGGGCCAACAUCAAUCGCUCACUCCUAGCCUUAGGAAACGUCAUCAACACCUUGGCAGAUCCGAAGAGCAAGAAAACUCACAUACCCUAUAGGGACAGCAAGCUCACUCGACUGCUAAAAGAUUCUUUGGGGGGAAAUUGUCGCACCAUCAUGAUUGCUAACGUUAGCCCUUCAGCUUUGUCGUACGAGGAUACUUACAACACACUCAAGUAUGCCAACAGAGCAAAAGAAAUCAAGUCCUCUCUGAAGAGCAACGUGGUCAGCCUGGACAGUCACAUCAGUCAGUAUCCAGUGAUCUGUGAGAAGCAGCGAGCCGAGAUCAUCAUGCUGAAGAAGAAGUUGAAAGAGUAUGAGGAAAAAUAUAGUUUGGCUCCAGCGGCUUCAAAUCCUGUGGCAGUCCAGAAAGAAGCUGAGGUUAAAAAGGUGGUGGAGUCUCUGCAGAGCGUAUUCUUCGACCGGGCCCAGAUCCGGCAGGACUCCCUAUACUUGGAGAGGCAGCUGAAGGAGAACGAGCUGCGACGGCACCAACGCGAGGAGAUCCACCAGCAGAUCCAGCUGCUUUGUGACGGGGACAAGGCAGAGAAGGAGACCUGCAAACAUGAAAGAAGGCUGGCCUCCCUGCUGACCCACCGAGAACACAUCAAGAGGCGACUGCAGGAAGUCGAGCAACGCUUCCAGGAAAACGAGAGCUGGCUGCACCGCGUGGAGAACGAGAUGAAACUCCUGGCCGAGGAGGGCCAGGUUCCCCGGGUUCUCCAGAAAGAUCGACAGUGUCACACACUGCAGUUGCAAGUUGAGGAUCUGAAGCUUCAGAUGAAGCAUGCGACUCACCUUAUUGGCCUCCAAGAUCAGGAAAAGAGUUGGAUGCAAAAGAUGAUGGGCACCUUACUGCCAGCAUUUCGCAGGCAGUACAGUGCACUGAAGGCCUCUGGGCUGAACAGCGCAGAGAAUGACUCCGACUAUAAAGCUGUGCAGCAGCUGGUCCUGAGGGAGAGGGGCGUGGCUUGGGUGGACCAGCCUGUGGACAAGGCGUGUGAGGAGCCCCCAUACAACCAACAGGAGCUCACCUCUCUGCUGUCUUUCUCUCACCUGGUGUGCCAUCCGAGCACCCCGUGCAGUGGGGAGCAACUCGGCCAGAGGGUCUCUCUCAGCCAGUGUCCUGCCCUGUUAGGAAACGGGCUUGCAGCUGCUGGAGAUAAAGAAAACAAACAGUCCACAGAACAGGAAGUCCAUCUGAAGAGGCCCACAAGGAGGAAAUUAUCAGUGUCUUCCCAGCCCUCAAGCUCUGCCAUACUAGCUCAGUCACUCUUUACUCCGGGACUCCAGGAAGCCCUUAGCCAGGAAGGGGUGUUACCACUGGAGUCCUCCCCCAAGACUUGCACCCAGCGCAACCCAAGCACUGAUACUGCCCAUGAAGAUCUCAACGCCACCUUUGAUCUGCCUCACAGCACGGAACCUGUUGGCAAUGCUACCAUUAUCUUAGCUCCUGGCCCUAGCAACCUCCAGACCAGCACAGAUGAGCCCUCCAAAAGGUCUGAGAUCCCGCUACUGCUGGGGGAGAAGCGUGCCAAGCCGUCAUACAUGGCUAUGACCUCUGCUGCUCAGCGCAAGCGCAAGCUUGGCUUCUACAGCAUAACCAGUCUCCGUGAGCCUUCUAAGGAGGCCUCCCAUGACAUUGUUGCCCCAAAGCGUCUGAAACAGGACCCCUCUGUGGCCAGCAGGCCUCUCCGAGUACCCCGGUUCAGAGGGUCAGACGACAAUGGGCCCAGCCGAAGGGUGCUGCGAAGCAUUUCGGAGGGAAACCUGGACCUCAUCAGAGUCCACAAAUCCAAGUCCAGUUUCCUGAAAACCACUCUGCUUCAGAAAGUGACCAAGAGAUUGUGAGCGCUUCUGUGCUCCUCCUCGUCCUUCCUAUGUAAAACUGCAGCGUUUCCCUUUGAUUUGGUCCAUGAGGGAAUGAAACAUCCCUGGGAUUAAAGAGGAAUGCAAAUUCUUUGUAGAUACAUCUACAGGUUUUGUUUUUAAAUUAGAUUUUAUUUUUAAAUUACAAGCUGUGUACAUAAACCGAGCAGGCACAACGCUCAUUCUUCUGCUGUAAAAUAAUUCUGUCGUUUUUUUUUUCCAUGUCAAAUAAACUGAAGUAAAUUUUA